CUCGAUCUCUCCUCUCGUUCCGCAACGGCAUCGCAGCGAUGGAUCCGGACUCCAUCCUCGCACACGUCGCAUUCACCACGUCGGGCUCGCUGGUGGACUGCAUCGACAAGAAGGUGCUCAUUAUCCUGAGAGACGGGCGGAAGCUGAUCGGCGUCUUCCGGUCAUUCGACCAGUUCGCCAACUUGGUGCUGCAAGAUGCCGUAGAGCGCAUUGCCGUCGGGAACCGGUAUGGCGACAUUCCGCGGGGGCUGUUCCUCGUGCGCGGAGAGAACGUGGUGCUGCUGGGCGAGAUCGACCUCGACCGCGAGGACAUCCCGCACCCGGCCGCCGUGCCAUUACCGCCAGCGGCGCUGCCGCAGCUGAUGGCCGCGCACAAGGCCGACGAGGCAGCCAAGCGCGUCGCACAGGCUACGCGGGAACGGCUGCUGCGCGAGCAGUGCGGCUUCUCGCCGGAGGGCACGGAGGGCGACGGGUACUGAGCGCAGCAGACGCACGGCGCGGUGGUGGACUGGGAUGAUCUAUUAAUCAUUUGAUGGAGCAGCGGCGGCGGUGACGCCAAAGGGAGUGUGGGAGAGAGAAGAGAGCAGGAUAGUAGAAUAGGGCGAAGGGAGAAGAUGAAGCAUUACUGCACUCCG